AUCUCUCCUAAACCACAAACCCUCACUCCCUCUCAAGCUCUCAUCUCUCAUUUCAAACAGUUAAAAGGGCAAGUUCAAGAAACUCUCUCCGCCAGAACCUCCUCGACGACGCCGGCGUUGCGCUCAUUUCUCAGUGGGAUGAAAUCUCUGGCCUUGAGUUUUGCUUAGGAUAAUAUGGAAGGAAAAUACGGUCACGAGAACCCUCUGCAGUUGAUGUCAUCUGCUUUUGGUGGGACUUCCAAUGAUGCCUCUGAUUCGUACCAAGGCAAUCCAAACCAUAAGUAUGUCACAGCAGAUGGAAAAAAUCACAUUCCUCCUGUUCCUUUUCCCCUAUCUCAGUGGAUACACUGCCAGGAAACAUCUCCUGGUUCCAUCGAGUUUAUUACAGAAAGGAGUGUCGCCGAAAUCUCAAGGGAGAUGUCAUACCAUAAUGCAAUAGUGCCAUUUGGUGGCAUGGAUGUUUGGAAGGUUGGAGGUAAUGCUGUUCUUCAAGAGGUAAAAAAUGCGAGGUCUCAAAAUUGGCCACCAAUGAACACCUUCACAGAUGCUGAAUAUCAGCUCCAUGCUCAGGGACAAGAAUCAAAUGAACUUCAUUCAAGAGCCUCAGUUGCAGCUCCAGCUUUCUUAGCCAAACCACAUAACCAUGCAUCUAGACGAAGAGCCUCUGUCACUGCCACUGCCACUGAUCGUGCUCGCAGAAUGAGGAUUACUGAGAGACACCACGCCCUGAAUGAACUGCUUCCGCGCCACAAAGAGGUGAUACAUGGUAGUAAAGCAUCUCAACUUGAUGAUAUAACCGACUAUAUCAAGUAUUUACAGCUUCAAAUCAAGGAUUUAAGUCAAAGCAGAUUGGGAGGUGAACCAACCACUGAUCCUUUUGUUUUCCUGGAGGGAUAUGGCCAUUACAUCCUCCAUGAACAGAUGUUGAACGAACCACUGGAAGAGAUGAUGGGGAAGUUACUAGAGGUGAAUCCAUCAGCAGCAUCCCAGCUAUUGGAGAGCAGAGGCCUGGUUAUAAUGCCAACAAAUUUGGUUGAAGGACUUCAUCAAGCGAUGUAAAUGCUCAAACAUACCAAUCCAUCAAACUUUAGAUGUUAAUGAUGUUAUCGUUUCCGGCUUUCUUCCGGAGAAUUUCAUCUGUGAAAAGACAUGUUAAUUUUGCCAGCAGCUGUGAUUUUUUCAUGUCAAAGCAAUUUUUGGCUUAGAGAAUAGAGAGAGAAACUUAUCCGGAACAAAACAUUGUUCUCCAUCCUCUAUGUGCAUGUCUAUAUUACAUUAGAUAUCAGAGUUAACUGUUGUGUUCCCAUCCUCAAAA